GUUUUAUCGCGCGGUUCGUCGCUGCCACCGUAAAAAUAAGUAUUUUAUUCUUAUAAAGCUUGACAUGGGAGACAGUAUGACAAAAGUUUUAGUAUGUGAGGCACCAAAAUAGAAUCAAUUCCAAUUAACAGCAAUCAAACUGUCAACGAUAAAUAUUUUUAUUUUUUUUUUCAUGUGUAUAAAGCCAUUUUAUUAGUGAAUGCUAUUGAGUGACAUAGAAAUGAAUUAAUAAAUCUCAAUAAUGAAUUAAGAAGUUUUUUACAUUAAUUAAUGUGACAUGAAGGAAUAAUUAAUAUAUGUGGAAAUUUUACUAAUGGAAAUAAAUUAAAAUUUAAUGUGCAAGUUUUUCAAGUUGAAUUAGCGACGGCAAAAAAUAAUUUUUUGUGUUGCAAAAAAAAAAGAGAAAAAAUUAUGAAAAUUUUAUGAGACCUGAAAAAAAAGUACAAAAUAGAAUGUUGGCAAUUAUGUGUAAUAGAAGUCGUGAUCCGAGUCCGGUUGGUUCAGAAAUAUCAGUAGGUUCACCAUCACCACCGCCCUCUGAAUGUGAAAGACGAAAUAAUCAUAAAAUUGGAUCGGAUGAAUAUUUUCAGCCAUUAAAACGUCUCAAAAUGGUCAAUGAUCAUACAAAUGAUGUAGAUAAUAAUAAUCAUUGCAGUAGUGAUGCUAGUCGAACUUCCUCUUUAAAGUCACCAUCAUCAACAGUGACACCGCAAGUGACACAAACAACGACGACGGGUGUUGAAGGUGUAAAGAGUUUUAGCAUAGCUGAUAUUUUAGGACGUGAUAGUACCAAUAAAAAUAAUUCCACAACUGCACAGGCACAAGCAGCUGUUACAGCAGCUACAAUUGUCAAUGGUCUCAAUCAUUUGCAUCAUCAUCAGCAAGUGGCAAGAAUUGUGAGGCCAUGGGAUCAUUUACAACAUCCAAUUUCAAUUCGUCCACUUCUUCCGCCUGCCUUACUUCAUUAUGAGCAACGACUAGCUAUGGAAUAUCAUCAGCAACUUCAAGAACAUUUUCAUGCACAAGCACAGCUGUUAAGGCACAUGAAUAUUGAUAUAAUUCCAUCAGAAAGUGGAAGUGAUCGAUCAAGUUCUGUUGCAAGUGGAGAUUGCUGUUCACCAGACAUUGGACGAUCAUCAGACAAUUCAGGACGUUCACAUCCAAGUCAACAACAUCCUAGUUCCAAUAAUAAUAACAAUAAUGUCAAUAGAAAUGGAAAUAAAUCGCCAAAUGGAAGUGCACCACUCGAUGCGCUGUUUCAGCUAUCAAAUAAAAAUUUCGAUGAGGCAAAUGAGGAAGAACGAGUUAAUUUAUUUGCUGCACAACCGCAACCAAAGAAAAAGCGAAAAUCGCGAACAGCAUUCACAAAUCAUCAGAUUUUUGAGCUUGAAAAGCGAUUUUUGUAUCAAAAGUAUCUCUCACCUGCUGAUCGUGAUGAAAUUGCUGGUGGACUGGGACUUUCGAAUGCUCAGGUCAUAACGUGGUUCCAAAACAGAAGGGCGAAAUUAAAGCGUGACAUGGAGGAACUGAAAAAAGACGUUGAAAGUGUGAAGAUUCUGACGACGCAAAAGAGCUUCCUUGAGAAUGUCAACGAUAUGAAUUUGCUGAAAUCUAAGGCUACCAAUUCGCAUAAUCAUCAUCAUGAUGGGAAUGUGGAUAAGUAUAGGAGUUUGGGCGAGACUGAAGUCAAUCAUUAAUGCAAUUUGAUAAUCGAGGAAGUUUUUAGGUUUUAGAUGAAAUUUUUUUGGAUUGAUAAAAUUAUGUUUCAUGAAUCUAAGCUACACAUUAGAACUUAGGGGAGCUCGAAGUCGAGGCGAGUUGACACGAGUCAAGUUGAGUCAAGUCGAGUCAAGUUGCAUCAAGCCGAGUCAAGUCGAGUCAAGUUGAGUCAAGUUGAUUCAAGUCGAAUCAAGUUGAGUCAAGUUGAGUCAAGUCAAAUCAAGUCAAGUUAACUCGAGUCAAACCAAUUUUUCAAAGUCAACUCCGAGCUUACUCGAGUCAAGUUGAAUCAAGUAAAGUCAAGUUGAGUCAAGUCGAGUCAAGUUGCAUCAAGCCGAGUCAAGUUGAUUCAAGUCGCGUCAAGUCGAAUCUAGUUGAGUCAAGUCGAUUCAAGUUGAGUCAAGUCGAGUCAAGUUGAAUCAAGUUGAGUAAAGUCGAGUCAAGUUGAAUCAAGCUGAGUCAAGUUGAUUCAAGUCGAAUCAAGUUGAGUCAAGUCAAAUCAAGUCAAGUUAACUCGAGUCAAACCAAUUUUUCAAAGUCAACUCCAAGCUUACUCAAGUCAAGUUGAAUCAAGUAAUGUCAAGUUGAGUCAAGUCGAGUGAAGUCAAGUUAACUCGAGUUGAGCCGAUUUUUUCCGAGUCAACUCCGAGCUAAAAAAAUUAAGACUCAAAUUGAAAAAAUUGACUCGACUUUGAGUCGAUUCGAGUCAACUUGACUCAAUUUGAACCCUAUAAACUUCAAGCUUUGGAACUUGGUCAUGGUUUUUUUGUAGCUUUCUUAAUAAUAGUUCAAGAUAUAAAUUAAAGGCAACUUCUAUCUCCAUAUUUCCGCUAUUUUCUAAGCAAUGUGUUCAUCAUGAAACAUUAAAAAGUGAAUUAUACAACAACAAAAAUGUCCAUAAAUAUGCUGUAAAUAUGAAAAUCUAAUUUCAACAAAAUGAAAGAAGUUAAAAUGUUUAAAAACAAAUUACCAUAAAUUAAGAAAAUUAAAAAAAUUCUUUAAUCGGCUGUAAAAUAAAAAGAAAUAUGAAAAACCUGUAAUCUUAAGGCAAAUUAAAGUAAAUAAAUUAAAAAAAGAAGAAAGAUAUUUAAAAGAAGAAAAUGGAA